GGGGUAGAGGGAGGGAGGAUGAUGUAACAAGAAUUGAUUGGCUCUGAGUACAGAUGCAGGUCCACACAUCCACGACGCUCUCUCAAUGAAUCCCUCUCCCCCUCUGCCCCCACCCGCCCUCCCAUCUUAAUUUUUUUUCCCUCACCCUCUCUCCUCGUACAUAUCGUCAUCUCUUUCAUGGCUUAGCGCUUCUUAAAGCCGGAUCAACUCAUCUCUACCUGGAAGGGAGGGGGGGGGUAGAGUCCUCUCCCAGUGGCAGUAUGCGGGGCGAUGUUCACCCUGAGUGACUCCACUGGUGCGUCAUGGAGCUCCUGUUGACUGGCAGGACAUGGUACAGUCUGGUUCUGUGAGCUUGCAUUGGCUGGCAGGCACUGUGGUCGUGACAGUGUGUGUAGGGAUGGGUGACGCCUGUUGAUUGCUGUGAGGAGUCGGUGCUGUGGACCGCGGCGCAGGGUGAGAGGCGGAGGGACCCCUGUGUGUUAGGAUGGCCAGUGAGGGCUCCUGCAUCCCCAGCCCAGUGGUGCACCAGAUCGACAAGCAGUUCCUGAUCUGCAGUAUCUGUCUGGAUCGCUACGACAACCCCAAAGUUCUGCCCUGCUUGCAUACAUUCUGUGAGAAGUGUCUGCAGAACUACAUCCCGGCCCACAGCCUGACGCUGUCGUGCCCCGUGUGUCGCCAGACGUCCAUCUUGCCGGAGAAAGGCGUGGCGGCGCUCCAGAGCAACUUCUUCAUCACCAACCUGAUGGACGUCCUGCAGCGCCCGGCCGACAGCCACACCCACCAGGCGGCGGCGCUUGACACCAUCGCCUCCGUCGCCACGGGUCAACCGCUCUCCUGUCCCAACCACGGGGGGAAUGUGAUGGAGUUCUACUGCCCACAAUGUGAGACGGCCAUGUGUCAGGAGUGUACAAGCGGCGAGCAUGGCGACCAUCCCACCGUUCCCCUCAGAGACGUGGUGGAACAACACAAGGCCUCCCUGCAGGGCCAGCUGGACGCUGUCAAAAACAGGCUGCCAGAGAUUGACUCGGCCCUGCAGGUACUGUCAGAGAUCUUGCAGCAGCUGACCAAUCAGAAGAGCUCAAUCGAGGGGGACAUCCACACCACAUUCGACGAGCUGCAGAAGACCCUCAACGUCCGGAAGAGCGUCCUGCUCAUGGAACUGGAGGUCAACUACGGUCUCAAGCAAAAGGUGCUCCAAGCCCAGCUGGACACCCUGCUGCAAGGCCAGGAGGGCAUCAAAAACAGCUGCAGGUUCACGGAGCAGGCUCUGAGCCACGGCACGGAGGCCGAGGUCCUGCUGGUGAAGAAGCAGAUGAGCGAGCGUCUCAGCGAGCUGGCCAUCCAGGACCUCCCCCUGCAGCCCGGCGAGAACCACCAGCUGGACUUCCUGGUGGAGACGGACGGCCUGAAGAAGUCCAUCCACAACCUGGGCACCAUCGUGACCACCAACGCCGUGGCGUCCGAGACGGUGGCGACGGGCGAGGGCCUGCGCCAGUGCGUGGCAGGCCUGCCCACCUCCGUCACCAUCACGACCAAGGACAAAGACGGCGAGCUGUGCAAGAUGGGCAACGCCGCCAUCACGGCAGAGAUCGCCACGCCCGCCGGCAGCAUCGGCGACGGCGAAAUCCUGGACAACAAGAACGGGACGUACGAGUACCUGUACACCGCCGCCAAGGAGGGCAGCUUCACGCUGUCGCUGCGCCUCUACGACCAGCAUAUCAGAGGCAGCCCGUUCAAGAUCAGGGCCGCCAAGUCGGCCGACGUGUCGCCGACGUCUGACGGCGUGAAGAAGAGGUUGAAGUCGCCGGGGAGCGGGCACGUGAAGCAGAAGGCCAUCAAGAGGCCGGCGAGCAUGUACAGCACCGGGAAGAGGAAAGAGAACCCCAUCGAGGACGAUCUCAUCUUCAGGAUCGGAACAAAGGGAAGAAACAAAGGAGAGUUCACAAACCUACAGGGCGUGGCCUCCUCGGCCCAGGGCAAGGUGCUGAUCGCUGACAGCAACAACCAGUGUGUCCAGAUCUUCACCAAUGACGGGCAGUUUAAGAGCCGCUUUGGCGUCAGGGGGCGGUCUCCGGGGCAACUGCAGCGGCCGACAGGCGUGGCUGUCCACCCCAACGGUGACAUCAUCAUUGCUGACUAUGAUAACAAGUGGGUCAGCAUCUUUUCCAGCGACGGCAAGUUCAAGACUAAGAUAGGCUCUGGCAAGCUGAUGGGUCCCAAGGGUGUGUCGGUGGACAGGAACGGCCACAUAAUCAUCGUGGACAACAAGGCCUGCUGUGUCUUCAUCUUCCAGCCCAACGGCAAGCUAGUCACCAAGUUUGGUAACCGUGGCAAUGGCGACAGGCAGUUUGCAGGUACACUGAAUGGACCUCACUUUGCUGCGGUCAACCACAACAAUGAAAUCAUCGUGACCGACUUCCAUAACCACUCUGUGAAGGUGUUCAACACGGAGGGGGAAUUCCUGCUGAAGUUCGGAUCCAACGGCGAGGGGAACGGCCAGUUCAAUGCUCCUACAGGAGUGGCUGUGGAUAUCAACGGCAACAUUAUAGUAGCAGACUGGGGCAACAGUCGUAUUCAGGUGUUUGACGGCAGCGGUUCCUUCCUGUCCUACAUAAACACCUCAGCAGACCCCCUGUACGGCCCCCAGGGCCUGGCCCUCACUUCCGACGGUCACGUGGUGGUGGCCGACUCUGGAAACCACUGCUUCAAGGUCUACCGCUACCUACAGUAACCCUGUUCUCACACACGCACACGCACACACAAACUGUGGAGCAAUGGACAGAUUAGCUUCUCAUCCACUUAUCUGCUCAUCCUCCCAUAACGCCAUCGUUGGUGCCAUGCAGAAGCCUUCACUCUGACCUUUCACCUUGUGUGUCUCCGUGGCCUCUUUUCUCCUCACCUCCUCACCUGAUCCCUCAUAGUGCAGAGGAGGAGCACUGGGCAUGUCUCAAAUCUUCAGACGUGCGCCCUUUCUCCCUCCGUACCGUGAAGUAAUCGGCAACAUGAGGGACUAGGUGCUUUUUAUUCAGCUGCUACCAACCUACUCAUGUCUAAACAGGCCUCUGUAUGUCUCCCCUGAAAAAAGGGAAAUUGAAUAAUUGAAUGAUUAAAUAAUGGUUAACGGAGUUGAGAGUUGCGGUGUCGGAGAGGCGGUCCUUGUAUGUAAGUGGGAGGGACUUGAUGCCUGAUGUUCACAGAUUGGUGGAGGGAGGUUCUUUA